AAUAGUUCAGCUCCCGGUCAAGACAAUGUUUCAUUUUUAUUUUAAAACAGCUUCAUCCCAACUUGUUACAGAAGAUAAUGUCCAUUUGUAAUGAAAUACUACAAUCGAAUAUAAUCCCUUCCGAAUGGUUGCAAAUUAAAUGUGUUCCUAUAUUAAAACCAGAUAUCAAAUCAGUACACCAAUACCUGGGAAUUUGGAUCGAUCAAAAACUUAACUUUAAAACCCAUAUCACUGAAACUGUAAAUAAAACAAAAAGGAAAAUAAAUAUCUUAAAAAUGCUCAGCAGGAAAAAAGGUGGAUGUCACCCAGAAACACUACAAAAAGUAAAUAAUUCGAUAGUUAGAUCCAUUUUAGACUAUGGAAUUUCAAUUUAUGCGUCAGCAUGUAAAACAGACUUCAACAGAUUAGAGAAAAUACAGAAUUUAUCCAUUAGAACCAGCUUUAGACUUUUACAAUCCACUCCAAUUCAUGUAAUUUAUGCAGAAGCAGCAGAGUUACCUUUAAAAUACAGAGCUCAAUACUUGACUUUCAAAGAAUCCAUCAAAACCUUAUACUUCAAUAAUAGCCCAAUUGCAGCCAAACUUUCAGAAAUAGUCAACACAGACCUUAUACCUAAGUUUACUUCCUAUAUAGAAAAAAUCUCCUCGUUAAAUAAUUUUCAUAUACUUCAAUGUCACAUUUCAUAUAAUAACAUAAUUCAAUUAAAUGAUCUUAAUAAUUUAUUCAUUUAUCCUAACAUUCAAAACCUCAACAAAAAUAAAACGCCUCUAUCAAUGCAAAAAUAUUUAACACAACAGCUGAUUCGGAAUAAUUACUUUACAUACUUCAAACUUUUUACUGAUGGAUCAAAGUCUAAUCUAGGUGUGGGCUAUGGUUUUUAUGACGAGACAAAUCAAACAUCUUUUAGCUUCAAACUCAACCCGGCCUUCUCAAUUAUGAACGCUGAAAUAGUAGCAAUAAUAGAAGCAAUAGAAUAUGCCAUUAGUAUCCAUCAAUCAAAAAUAGUUAUUUUUACAGACUCACAGAGCAGUUGCAUGUCAUUACUGAACGCUAAUCCAGAUAAUUAUUUAAUUACAAAACUUCUCACAAUCAUAAAAUACAAUCCCUCACAAGAAAUAGCAAUACAAUGGGUACCAGGUCACAUAAACUUAUUAGGUAACGACAGAGCUGAUACAGCAGCAAAACUAGGUAUCAAUAGAUCGAAUCAGGAAAACUACCCGCUUACCUUGGGAGAUUGCUUAUUAAAUUUUAAAGUUGAACUAAUCACAGAAUGGAACAGAGAAUAUCAAAUUUUAUCAACAGAAAAAGGGAUACAACAUUUUGAAAUAAUGAACAAAAUUGAACUAAAACCAUGGUUCCAUAAUAUACAGCUCUCCACUACUGAAACAAUAAUUAUCAAUAGAAUAAGGACAUUCCACACCGCAACAAAGGACAGAUUAGCUAAAUGGAAUUUAAUAAGAACGGAUAUUUGUACAACAUGUAACACUCAAGAAAACCUUCAUCAUAUCCUGUACGACUGUGUUGGACUCAUGGCGAUUAGACGUAGAUUUCCAAUUCUCAUCAAUAAAAUAGAACUAAAUACAAUACUAAAAAAUAAAAAAAAGGAUGAAUAUCUUCAAUUAACAAACUUUAUCAAUGAAGCAAAAAUCAAUGUUUGA